AUGGAGUUAGAGGGUGUCAAGGAGGUUGUACCUGCAGAUGAUGACUAUGAGUAUUUCUUCACUGUGCAAUGUUCCUCCUGUCGAGAGGUACAUCCGAAGACAGUGAGCUUUAAUCAGAAGGAAGAGCACGAGAUUUCAGGAUCGAAAGGAUCGGCACAUUUCGUAUGGAGAUGUAGUAAUUGCAAGAAAGAACAUUCAGCAUCAUUCGCACCAUCCAAUCCAUCCCCCAAAUCAAAAUCAAAGUCAACAUCACCAGUCCCAUAUACGUCCUCCAACAGUUCUUUAGAACCAUUCAUAUCAUUAGAUUGUCGUGGAUUGGAAUUCACAGAAUUCCACUUUAGAGGUAAAUGGUCAGCCAAGGCCGACGAAGGCAAUUCGUCAUUCGAGAUUGAUUGGGAUGAAUUACAUAGAGAGAAUGAAGACAGAUGGGAUGAUUAUGAUGAAUCACAAGAAAAAGCUGUUAGUAUAAGUGAAAUGAAAUCUGAGAUCAAGAGGGCUUAA